AAGUCGCCAUUAUUGUAUAAAACGUUUGAUUUUGAGAUUUUAGGGUUUUUCUCCCCUGCAGCCAACCCAAUUUCGGGUUUUCCACUUGUACAUUUCUAGGGUUCCAUCUUCUAAUUCCACUGACGUUUCCUACUCAUAUUUUGCAGCAUUUUCACUAGGUUUCUUUUUGCUAUACCGGUUGGACCUGCUUUUACAUGAAGUCAUGAGUGCUGGUUUAUCACUCUUAAAGCUCUCAUAACUGAACAAAUAUCUGAAUUCUAGUUUUUUUUCCUCCUCCUAUAUAAUCUCUGAGUUUCAGGGUGUUUUCUUCUUUGUAAUGGUCGUGCUGUUUUCGCUGAUACAAUCAUGAGGGCUAGGUUAGUCAUUUUUCCUAUUAGAGGGAGGUCUUGGUGCUUCACGAAAUCAAUCGAUAAAGUUGCGCAAGACUCUGGUUUUAAUCCAAGCUCACUCACUCUGAAGGAUUUGUGGAAGAGGAUUACCAAAAAUGAAGAAGGUGUUCAAGGAAAGGCUGAAAUUGUUACUGAAUUCUUCUCAGAAAAGAUGAAUAGGGCAUGGCUUGCUCUUGGGGAGGCUCCAGAUGGAAGUUUUAAGCAUAAAAUUCAUGGUAUGGGACAGCUUUUAUUAGCGCGAGUUCAACCAUCUGAGUUUUUCUUGAAAUCCAUCUCCAAGGAUAUCACCGAGGUGGAAGUCACAUUCCCUGCAAGCUUGAAUCCAAGGCUUGUUCGCCGUAGGCUGAGGCAUGUGGCUAUGAGGGGAUCCAUUUAUCACAGGAGAUUCUUCUAUGGUUCGAUGUCGUUGCUUCCAUUUACAACGGCUUUAGCUGUUCUUCCCUUACCCAACAUACCUUUCUUUUGGAUUUUGUUCCGUGCAUAUUCUCAUUGGCGAGCUUGUCAGGGCAGUGAAAGACUACUCUUAUUAGCAUCUGACUGCUCAACAUCAUGGGGUUUGCUCCGCACUAAUAAGGGGAACCAUAUGAAGGACAAUUCCAGCCAUAUACCCCUGGAUGCACCUUGUCCUUGGGUUCUGCGAUCUUCAGAAAAGCUCCAGAGACUUCUAAAGAAGAAUGGGGAGGAGAUUCGUGAAAACAAGGUUGCUGCCAUUUGUGAAGCUUACAACUUGAAUAAGAUGGAUGUUCUUAAAUUCAGAGACUUCAAAAAAUAAACAAAAAUCCAAGAAAUGGGGUUGUUAUGCAUUCUGGAUCAUCAGAAUGGAUGGUUCAUAUUCAUUUUCAUUAUUGUAGACAUGCUCGCAAGGAGCACGCCCAGUUUUGAAGUUGUAAAAAAUUGAAACUGGGCUUUGACGGUCAUUUUUUAAGUGAUAGAUAUGGAAACUAUAAAAUGGUGGCUACGAGGAUU